AUGGUCCGACACAUGGUUGGUGCCCCAUUCGCUGAUUCAACAGGUAUUUACCGAGUGCCUACUAUGUACAAUUAUGACCUAAAAUAUACUGAGAAAAGGAAAACCAACACAUUCCAUGUCACGCCCUGCAUCACUCCUGCUAGGACUCAUAAAUCAUGUCUUUGCCUUGGCCACUUCAACUCAUGUGUGACCCUUUCUUUGACUCAUGAUUUAUUGCUCUCAGUUACUCCUUUGGCCAGAUUUAUAAAUGUAACUGUUCUAAUGAGGAGCAAGUUGGAAGUUCUGAGCAACGGAAGCCAAGAAAGGAGACUGUGUCUCUUGCCCAGCAUGUAUAAGCUCAUCUCCUGGUGUUUGCUUUUCAUAGGAUGCUUACAUCCUCUCCUCUCUCUGCCUGUCCCUGACUCCAGGGAAGAGACCCUGCAGCUCUCAGCACCUGAUGGAGAUGCAAGAUCAGCCUUGGAUGAACUGGAAAGAGUGUCCCUCCUGCAAAUGCUGCUGGAGAUGUCAGGGGCAGAGAGGGGUGAUGGUCUUAGGGAAGCAGGUCUCAGUACUGACAUUGCUAACCCUAGAGGAAGUCUGAGAAAGUUUCAGGCUUUCUCUGGACAAGAUCUUAACAUUUUCCUGAGUCAUCUUUUGGACAGGAACAGGAAACAAGAUAAGAAGCGUGGGUCUCCCUCUGAAUGCUUCUGGAAAUACUGUGUCUGA